CCAGAACUUCCAACUGUCCCGGAACACUCUAGAACCUCCAGGCAAAGGGCUGUAACCAGGGUCACAGAGCAUUCCAAGGCCUUCCCAGCCUAGGUGAGGCCAGCACCCCUCCGGUUCUCCUCCUUGGGCCCCAUGUGGAUGCUGGUACUGGGUGGGAUUUUCCUGGCGGCUGCCGAGGCCUGCAUCUUCUGCCGCCUCCCAGAUCACGGCUUGUCCGGCCGCCUGCAUCAGCUUUGCAGCCAGAUGGAGGCCCAGUGGAAGGACUGUGAGGCUUCCUGGAACUUUCCGGCCUUUGCCUUAGAUGACACGUCCAUGAACAAAGUCACGGAGAAGACCCACAGAGUCCUGAGGGUUGUGGAGAUCAAAGGGUCUCUCUCCCCACUCCCUGCAUAUUGGCGGUGGCUUCAAAAGACCAAGCUUCCGGAGUACAACAGGGAAGCUCUCUGCGCUCCCGCCUGUCGGGGCAGCACCACCCUGUACAACUGCUCCACUUGCGAGGGCUUCGAGGUGCACUGCUGGCCCCGAAAGCGCUGCUUCCCAGGUCCUUACUCCCACCCCUGGCAGCACCCCACCCUGAUCUCUGAGCUCUUGGGCUCCCCCAGCUUCAAUGCAUGUGGUCCCCAGGAUCAUGCACUGCCUCCCGGGUUCCCUGCAGGAAGUCACGAUCUUUGGGAAGCCAGGAUUCUGCUCCUCUCUGUCUCGGGAACCGUCCUGCUUCUGGGGUUUCUGAGCCUCUCAGUGGAGUGAGUUGGGGGAUAAGGGUCAGAAAGAGCCUCAUCGCCUCCAACCCAUCCCUUUUGCUCCCCCCCCAUCCUUCCUCCCCGCCCCCGGCCCUCCCCUUCCCUUCCCAGGGCUCCCACACUCUCAUCUCUCAGGUACAGACACUUCCAAGCAAAAAGUGAGCUGUGAAGACGAGGACAGACCCUAGCCUCUGGUUCUAAGGCACAUGUGCCCACAGAGUCCACUUGUCUCGUGGGGAAGAAACAUCUAGCCCCUUAGUUCCAGCCCCAGCGGUUCAGUCUUCCAGACCCUGAUACCCGGACGUUCCCAAGAUCCCAGCUUCAGAUGGCCUCCAGGGACCCAGGCACCCACAGCUGGAGAGUGCCUCGCCUCCAGCCCUCAACCAAUCGCACAGGGGCAGUGCCCGUGCCAGGAAAAUAUCUACAGAAGGAAAGAAUCCCCUCCGUGCACACCACCACUCCCACACCCCCUUCUGCCCGUUCCCGGAAAGCGGGGGCUGUCUGCCCCAGAAGCUUCUCUUGGCCCUCCUGUGACUGAUUGGGAAUCCGGGAAUGAGUGUUCUGGAAAACUCCCUUCCCCUAGCGUGAGACCACAUCAGUCAGCCUGCUGGCAUGCUACCCUGCCAUUUAACAUUGUGAAGCCUUGGCCUCCCACGGAGGCCUCCCUCCUGCCAGGCCCAACUAAAUCUGCUGUCAAAUGGCCUCCACCGCUGCCUGGCCUCUAUCUGCAGCUGGGGAGGGCGCAGAGGGCGGGCAGGGGGGAGGGGGGCGCUCGCGGAGCACACUGGUUCCCCAGUGGGGGGGAUUUUGCACCAAGGCCACAUUCGGGAACAUCUGGAGACAUUUUUGGUUGUUUUGAUGGAGGGGGUGCUACUGGCAUUUAGCGAGUCUAGACCAGGGGUGCUGAGAAACCUCGAAAACGCUCUGCAAAGGCCUCCACACAAAGACGAGCCUGUCCGAAUCCCCAACAGGAUUGUGUGCUGGAGAAAUGCUGCUGUUUGGUCCCCUGGUGAGCAGGCAUCUGGGUUUGGGGGAUGGGAGAUGGGACAGGAAGAGAGAGGCCUGUCACUAACCAACCCCAAGUCUCAGUCCAAGGGCCAGCCUGGAAGGGAUCCUGGCGCUCCCUUAGCUGCCGUGUAGUUUUCAAACUGGGUCCCUGGAGGCUCCCAGUUCUGAACUGGCUGCACAUCAGAGCUGUCUGGGCAACUUAAAACGCUACCUGUGGCAGGUCCUCAUCUCCAGAGAUGCUGAAUUUAGUGGUCUCAGACGGGGCCUCAGUUAAUGGAGCCUCCAGCCAGCCAGGGUUAGAACCACUGUUUGGGGGAUCUGUCAAGACCCUGGAGAUGGAGGAGUUCCCCUUGUAGCACAGCGGAAACGACCAGUAUCCAUGAGGAUGCGGGUUCGAUCCCUGGCCUCACCCAGUGGCCCCCGGGGAUCUGGUGUUGCUGUGGCUGUGAUGUAGCUCAAGCUCCGAUUCGACCCCUAGCCUGGGAAUUUCCAUUUGCCACAGGUGCGACCCUAAAAAGAAAGAAAUAACAUAAAAUAAGAUAAAAUAAAUCCUCCCUGACUCUUCCUUGCCACAGACUCUAGAAUUGGCCCUGGCCCCUGACAUUAAGCCUCUCCAUCAGUAGCUACC